UGGAACACCCCAUUUUUUUUAGUUCCUGACUUUUGCUUUCUGUGUUCCUGACUCCUGGUUUCACUGAGUCUCCUCUUCCAGGAAGCCUUCCCAGCCUCCUGGGGCCAGGCGAGAUUUAAGCUGACCUUGACAGUGGUCCAGGGGAAGUGGCUUGGCAUUUGGGACAAGCACUGGACUUGGAGGUGUCUGUGUCACAGCAGAGGUGAUCCAGAGGGAGGGUGGAGAGCUAUCCCUUUAACCACGGGGGGAGGGGCCAAGGCCACAGGAGGCUGCAGGGAGUUGGCACAGCUGGUGCCCAGGAAGGCUGGUGGGCAGCGGACUGGCCCUGAGCUGGUCUGAGAACUGUUGGGAAGGAAGGCCCUCCAGGUGGUUGCCGAGAUGAAGAGCCCUCUGGAGGAACGUGCCGAGGGUGAGCCCUUCCACGUCGUCACGCCUCUGCUGGAGAGCUGGGCGCUGUCCCAGGUGGCCGGCAUGCCUGUCUUCCUCAAGUAUGAGAAUGUGCAGCCGACGGGCUCCUUCAAGAUUCGCGGUAUCGGGCAUUUCUGCCAAGAGGUGGCCAAAAAGGGAUGCAGACACCUGGUGUGUUCCUCAGGGGGUAAUGCGGGCAUCGCAGCUGCUUAUGCUGCCAGGAAGCUGCGCAUCCCAGCCACCAUUGUGCUCCCCGAGGGCACCUCUGUGAAGGUGGUGAAGAGGCUGCAGGGGGAGGGGGCCGAAGUUCAGCUGACUGGAAAGAUCUGGGACGAGGCCAAUCUGAGGGCGCAAGAGUUGGCCAAGAAUGACGGCUGGGUGAACGUCCCUCCGUUUGACCACCCCCUGAUAUGGGAAGGCCACGUGAGCCUGGUGCGGGAGCUGAAGGCAGCACUGGGGACCCCACCAGGUGCCCUGGUGGUGGCAGUCGGGGGCGGAGGUCUCCUGGCUGGGGUGUCAGCUGGUCUGGCAGAGGUGGGCUGGCAACACGUGCCCAUAAUUGCCAUGGAGACCCAAGGGGCACACUGCUUCAACGCGGCCAUCAAGGCAGGCAAGCUGGUGACGCUUCCUGGCAUCACUAGUCUAGCCAAGAGCCUGGGGGCCAGGACAGUGGCUGCACGGGCCCUGGAGUGUACAAAAGAGUUUAGGAUCUUCUCUGAGGUGGUGGAGGAUGCUGAAGCCGUGAGUGCUGUGCAGCGAUUCCUGGAUGAUGAACGAACACUGGUGGAGCCUGCCUGCGGGGCAGCCUUAGCUGCCAUCUACUCAGGCCUCCUGGGGAAGCUCCAGGCUGAGGGCCACCUGUGCCCUUCCCCAGCCUCAGUCGUGGUCAUCGUGUGCGGAGGCAACAGCAUCGAUAGUGGAGAGCUACAGGCUCUGAAAGCCCAGCUCGGCCAGGAUUAAGGGCUCCUGGUUUGGGAGGGCUGGCUGGGUUCCAGCGAUCCCCAAGAGGCUCCUGGACACCCAUAUAGCUGGUUGAGGGGCCUCUGGGCUCAUGGAAGGUGGUAGAAGCCGCCCUGUGCUGCUGUGCUGGCAGCCUCCUGCAGGAAGCCCACCUGAACUCAUCCCUUUGGCUUCCCUGCAGCUCUGCCCAAUAAACCCUUUCUGAGUUGAGUCUGUAA